AUGUACUGGUCCUGGUCUGUGUGUGUGUCCACAGGAGGAUGCCCAGUCUGCUGGAGUACUUCAGCUACAACUGUAACUUCAUGGGGAUCCUCGCCGGACCCACCAGCUCCUACAACGACUACAUCGCCUUCAUCGAGGGAGACCCCCGUCGCCAUAGAGACCAGGAGGCCGACAGGAAGCUGAAGCAGAGCGAGCCCUCGCCAAACACCGAGGUCGUCCGUAAAGUGGCCACCUCCUUCUUCUGCCUCCUGGUGUUCCUCUCGGUGUGUAAAGUUUUCCCCGUGGAGCGAAACAUCGACGACGACUUCAUCGCCACCAUGCCGUUCUACGCCCAGGUGGUCUACCUGUACCUGUCCAUGCUGACCACCAGACCCAAGUACUACUUCGUCUGGACGCUCGCUGAUGCCAUCAACAACGCCGCCGGCUUCGGUUUUAACGGCUACGACAGCGACGGCUCUCCUCGCUGGGACCUCAUCUCCAACCUGAGGAUCCUGAACAUCGAGUUAGCCACCAGCUUCAAAGUGUUCCUCGACAACUGGAACAUUCAGACAGCUCACUGGCUCAAAAGGGUGUGUUACGAGCGAUGUCCCUACCACCCGACGGCAGCCACCUUCAUCCUGUCAGCCAUGUGGCACGGCGCUUAUCCGGGCUACUACCUCACCUUCCUCACCGGCAUCGUCAUCACGCUGGCUGCUAGAGCGGUCCGACACAACGUUCGGCCUCACUUCCUGCAGUCACCCGCCCACAAGCUGGUCUAUGAUGUCAUCACGUGGGCAGCCACUCAGAUCGCCAUCUGCUACACAGUGGUGCCUUUUGUCCUUCUGUCCGUCGGUCCAUCCAUCAAGUUCUACAGGUCCUGGUACUUCAGCCUCCACAUCGGCUGCGUUCUGCUGGCCGUGGCGCUGCCGGUCAAACCGAGACAUCUCCGCCUCAAAGACCAGCAGAAGAACCUUCACCAGGAGCCGGUCCAGCACCACCCGGAGGCUACAGACAGCAACUGCAGUCAGAAGGAAAAAAACACAUGAGACCAGAGGACAAGAGAAACAAUCAUGUCCAACAUUUUAUUUCCAUAAACUUGUAUAGAAAGAAGAGGAGGUGAACCACAUCAAACGGAACCUUUCCUCCUGUCUCGGUAUUAAAACACGAUGGUUCAUGACAGCAAGUUUAAAAUACUGUAUUAUUUGGAUUCACAGGAUGACGAAACCAACGAAAAACAGGCCCUGAAUAUUUGCAGGUCUGAGUUUGUAGGAUACUUGACGUGGUUUGACUGCCGGGACUCAAACACAAGGUUAUUCUUUGGGCUGGGUGGCAGCUUCAGGUUAAUGUGCAAUGAUGGAAGAUAGGGUAUAUAUAUACAUAAAUACAUAUAUAUAUAUAUGUAUAUAUGUAUAUAUGUACACAUGGAGCAGCUGUCCUGAAGUGUCAUGGCCGCCCUCUCCGGUCAGAAAGCUGCCGAUUGAAUGAAUGAAAAGGAUGAAGAGGAAAAUGACUGAACAGAAGAUUUUAACAAGUACACGAAUGAAAAGAUAAAGUCCAGUAAAGAAUCUCCACCACAUUCCUCCCAGACCGUCUGACUCAUCGUGUUAUAAUCUAUUAAACCACAACUUCACAGUACUCAUAGAAUUUAUAGUUUGGAGAAAAGUGCCAAUGAUUAUUCCACUCAGUCGCCUUAGUUGUUCUGUCUUUUACAAGAAAAAGAAAAAGUGCUGCUUAGCAGGAUAAGUAUUAACUCUUUGUGGUGAGGAGGGCGUUGUGUUUACAUUUGUAGAUGUCACGUUUUUUGUCACGUUGUUUUUAUGUAAAUUCAAAGACUUGUGUUUUGAUGUAAGAUGUGACGCCGCUUGAAGAAGAUGAAAACGUCUCACGAGAGUUUAGGAAAACUCCAUGAUGUGAAGCUAAAAUACAAAUCAGGUUCCUCAUAAAUAAAAGCAUCUCACAACAGCAGGAAGUGAACCCAACGUUCAUCUGUUGGUUCCAUGAAGGCGUUAGCUAAUGUUCAGGUUAGCUAACAGUUCAAUUUAGCCGCUAAAAUAAGAUGGUUUAGCGUAGCUGCUAACGCUGGUUUAGGGUUAACUAUAGUGAGUUGUGAAGCUAAAGAGACUGGUUCAGGUUAGCUAACUGUUAAUAGUUAAAUUGAAAAGAUAUAACGGUUUAGAUCAGGCUAGCUAACGGGGUACUAAAACAGUUUGGUAAAGCUAAUGGUUGAGUUUAGAGGCUAAACCUUGGACGUAUAGUAAGAACUAACUGGACCCAAAGAUUGCGCCAAUUCAGUCCGUUGAGAAUCGCUGUUUCUAGCUUCCCGGUUUACUUCCAGUGUUUCUCCCGCUGGCUCGUUGACUUUACAGUAUUAUAACCUUUUCUCAGCUUGAGGAAUGUUUGACAUAUAUCCUAUAAAACCUCCAUGGAUCAGAAGUUCUAAUUAGAAAGAGUCAUAAUUGACUUUGCGGUUCGAGGUGUCCUCUCAACAGUUUUACAGACGUCUUGUUUUAAUGGUGUUUUAUGGGGAAAUGCUUUUGGGCUGCAGGGGAAUGUUUCAUUGUAAUAAUGUGAGUGGUUACUGGCUUCUGAUCCAGUUCUUGUUAAACAUCCAUGGGGUCAACACUUUGGUUUAACAGCCUAGUGAAAACAAACAACACAACAGCUUAGUUUGGCUAAUGGGCAGUUUAGCAAUGUUAGCAUGGUUAUGUAGCCCAGAUUAGCUGACUCUUGAUUAGCUAAAUCAACUGGUUCAGCUAGCAAAUGGUUAAUUUUAUGAGCUUUAACACUUUGGUUCAAGUCAUGAUUCAGUUGGGCUGAAAAACAGUUCAGUGUGGACACUAAAACAGUUAGUUUUUGGGGUUAGCUAACGGCUCAGUGUAGAAGCUGAACCGGUUAGUUCCAGUUAGCUAACGGCUCAGUGUAGAAGCUGGACCGGUUAGCUCCAGUUAGCUAACGGCUCAGUGUAGAAGCUGAACCGGUUAGCUCCAGUUUAAUAAAGUAGCCCCAGGUUAGCUAACAGGACAGUUUGGUUCAGCUUGUUUCAGCUUGUUUCAGCUAAAGGUUCAGGCUAGUAAAUCCUUACUCCAUUAAUGUUUAUAAAAUGAUGCAUCAUGCCAUGUUAGCAUGGAUAUGUAGCAUGCCAUGUUAGCAUGGUUAUGUAGCAUGCCAUGUUAGCAUGGUUAUGUAGCCUCCUGCCCAUCUCUUUCUCCAUGACGUGUUUCUAAUCAGUGUUAAGUAGACGAGAGAACAAGACUUUCAGAUUCAGUAUAUUUUUCACCACCAACUCGUUUAUGUCCCUUGUGUCUCUUUUGGGCAGAAUCAGUAAAAGCAGAUUUGUUAAAGUUCCCGUCUGUUCUCCUGUUUUAUCACAUUGUAAAAGGAACCUUGAGAACCUGGACAAGGACGUGGUGACGUCACCGAUGAACAUCGAGGCUUUGGCUGAUAGUUUGAGACUUACCGUUCUUGAACCGGCCUCAUGUCUGUAGGGUUGAUAUGGACGACAUGUUUGUUUGGUUCUUUUGUAAAAUGAUGUGAUUAAACCUUGGGAUUUUUUUGACACUUGA